AUGGGGAAAGAAAUCUUCAACAAGGAUCCAAUUUUCCCUCAUUCAAACAAGAAAGAACCAGCUGUCUGCUCAAAGUUGGUAGAGCUGACUCCCCCUGUACUUGCUGCCCUGGCUGACCCUAAGUCGGCUAAGCCGACUUCAGCGUCAGCUGAGCCGAUUUUCUUAGGCCUAGGUGCCAUCGGGGUAUCUCCAGUUGAUUCGGUUCCCAUUGUUGUUGAUAUGGUCCCUGCUGGUGUUGAGAAGCUUUCUAGAGGGAGGGACCUUGCUGGUUUUGAGUCACUAGAGGAGGCUUUGUUCCCAUUUCUCUAG